UCUCUCUCCCCUGAAAAUCAGUUGAAGGGUUUUUGCUGUAGCAGAAGAAGAAGAAAAAAGGGGGGUUUGCGAAAAUGGGGAGAAGAAUUCUGAACGAUGCCUUGCGAACAAUCGUCAAUGCAGAAAAGAGAGGUUUCGCUUCCACAGAGCUCAAGCCCAUCUCUAAUGUCAUGUCUUCUUUCCUACAAAUCAUGAAACACAGAGGUUACAUUAAAGAUUUUCAAGUGCAUGAUCCACAUAGAGUAGGGAAGAUAACUGUUCAGCUGCUGGGUAGGGUUAAAGAUUGUAGGGCUAUCACUUACCGACAAGAUAUUAAGUCUCAUUACAUCGAGAAUUACAAAACCCGUACUCUUCCGACACAUCAGUGGGGCUAUGUUGUAAUUACAACACCAAAUGGAGUGUUGGAUCACGAGGAGGCUAUUCGACAAAACGUUGGUGGUCAAGUGCUUGGAUACUUCUACUGAAGAUUUUAUGGUUCUGGAGAGAGAAGAUGGAGUAAGAUGAUUGAUUGCCGUUUCCUUUUUCUGGUUUGUAUCCUUUUUUUUUUUAUUUCCGUUUAGGCAAGAAAUGCUUAGGAAGAACUUCAAUUAUGUGGAGCUCCCAUUGCAAUAGUUUCAGGCAGAAUUCGGUGACAAUCAAUUGUGUUGCAUGUACUUCAAUGUUACUGUGCCUUUUGCAUCCUUUUCCAGCUUCUCAAGUAAUAACAUUAUCUGCAUUGAGUUCUUGAUUGGUGUUACCAUGAGAUAUAAAUACAUGUUUUUCUCUG